CUCCAAGGGGGAGGAGCAGUGGAAACAUGCCACUUCAAUAUAGCUCGCGGAGAUGAUCAUGAGAAGUUAUCUUCUGCUAUGGCUGCCUUGAUCUUCUACGCUCCGUUUGUGGUGUUGUGCGCCCUGCUGCUUUGGCUCCUCUGCAGCGUCAGGAGAAGGCAACCUGGAGAACCUCCUCUGAUGAACGGCUGGAUCCCGUACCUUGGAGUCGCACUGGAAUACGGGAGAAACCCUUUAGAAUUCCUGCGGUCGAUGCAGAGAAAAUACGGAGAUAUUUUCACUUGUAAAAUAGCCGGGAGCUACUUUACAUUCGUGCUGGACCCCUUCUCGUACGGCGCCGUGUCCCGGCAGGGAAGGAACCUGGACUUCCAGAAGUUUGCCAUUGGAUUCUCCCACAAGGUGUUUGGCCAUGCAGACUUCAAUGACCCUGUGUACAGCUACAACAUUAAGGACAUCCACUCCAUCUUCAGGCAGACGCUCCAGGGACCAGUCCUGCAGCAGCUCAUCUCUACCAUGAUGGAGAACCUCCAGGCUGUCAUGAGGCGGGAUGAGGGGCAUGGCUGGACAACGGAAGGGCUGCAGGUCUUUGUUGAGCGCAUCAUGUUUGAGGCCGGGUAUCUUACGCUGUUUGGAAAGGAGGAGGAGGCAGAAGCCAUGGCUACUGGGGGUGCUACCCCCAGGUGGCUCUUCAUGCGUCAAGCUAUGGAGGACUUCCACGCAUUCGACAAGGCCUUUCCUGAGAUGGCAGCAGGGUUGCCUAUACACCUCUGUGGGAGAGCAUUUCGGGCCCGGGAAGCCCUGGCAGAAAAGCUCCACCACCGGCAUCUGAAGAGAAACAAGUGCUUGUCAGCUCUCAUUGAGCGAAGGAUGCACGCUUUCGACCAGAUGGAGCAGCUUGACGAGAAGGAGAAGGCCAGGACACAUGUCUCCAUGCUGUGGGCUUCCCAGGCCAACACUUUACCAGCAACCUUCUGGAGCCUGUAUUACAUACUGAGGUGCCCAGUGGCCUUGGAUGCUGCCCAGGCCGAAGUACGGAGAGUAUUGGGGGAGUCUGGCCACACCCCAGGCAACCUGGAAAAACCAGUGGUUCUUUCCAAAGAUCAACUGGCUGGCAUGUCUGUACUGGGAAGCAUAAUAGAGGAAGCUCUGCGUCUUUCCAGUGCAUCAAUAAUGAUACGUGUAGCCAGUGAGAACUUCACUCUGACCCUGGACACGGGGAAGACGGCCGCUAUUCGUAAAGGAGACCACAUUGCCAUGUUCCCGCAGAUGAUGCACAUGGACCCUGAGAUCUACGAGGAUCCAACAGAAUUCCAAUGCAGCAGGUUCUUGGAUGAAAACGGGCAGAAGAAGACAGACUUCUACAAAAACGGGCGAAAGCUGAGGCAGUUCCUGCUGCCGUUUGGGUCUGGGGUCAGCGAGUGCCCUGGUCGCUUCUUCGCCAUCAACGAGAUUAAACAGUUCCUUACACUUGCUCUUUGCCAUUACGACAUGGAGCUACACGACCUGGCAGCAGCCCCGCUCGAGACCGACUGCACCAGGGCUGGUCUCGGCAUCCUCCCACCUAAACAUGACGUCUCGCUCAGAUACAGAUUUAGAAACUGCGUCACGGUGAAGGAGAAAACAGUGCGUUAAUUGACGAGGCGCCUUUCUAAAUCGGAUCCCAGACCAAUUUUAGCUCUCCAUGCAAAGCCUACAGCUGGCUACUGAUUUUAUGUUUUUUUGUAAAUAAAUGUGCGUUCAGUGUUGUGCCUCAGUGGCCACUUUCUUAAUGUGAACUUCAGAAAAUUACGGGGAUUUUGGUUUCGAGUGCCAGCACUUUCGACGGUACGCAGUAUGUUUGCAAACAUGGACUUUAGAUGGAGCGGAAAAGCUGCCUUGUUUGCAUGUGUGCUUAUGUCGCAACACUUGACGUGUAGGGGAAUGUCCAGAGCUGUACACUUGCUUUGGGGGGCGGUGUACAAUGAUGUGUGUUUUGAGCAAUUUAGAUGGAAACUGUGCAUCUAAAAAUAAUUCCUUCAUUGCUGUGGUAAAAUGAAAUAAUUUAGCACAUGUAAAGAAAUCAGAUCAAGGUAUGUUACAGCUGAACAAACUGUGCUUGUCAUUACAUAUUGAUCUUGGUAUUAAGCUGUAAACAAGUUUGAUCAUAAUUUCUAAAACAGAGGAUGUUCUGUGUUAACUCUUGUGCUCUAUGCUGAAAUUAUGCUACCUUAUCAGUAUUGUAUUUUAUGCAAUUAUUCAUACUUUCCACAUCUCUGGUCAUAAUGUGUUUAAUGUAAAGUAGCUGUUUUGAAGUAAAAUUUUGAUCACCAAACGCAUGACAGUCCUGUC